AUGCUCAGCCGUCGUCUGGUGCGUCGCGCCUCUCAGCUGAAGGUUCUAAGUCGCUCUUCUUCAUCUUCCGCAAAUGCUGUAACACCCAUUCCCGCGUCUCCAUCACCCGUCGCGAACCAAGCACCAAAUUAUCCAACGACAUGGUCAACCAACCAGAGACCACGCGCGGUCGCCCAGUCAGGUCCACGUUUUGAACAAACUAUUCUCGAACUCCAGCCCAACCCAUUGAGCGCAAUGGAGAUGAUCAACAAUGAGCCUAUCCGUGUCGUGCAUGGGCGGAAAGCUGUUUGUGAUGGUGGAGGAGGACCUCUUGGUCACCCCAAGAUAUUUAUCAACCUGGACAAACCUGGUGCUCGGCCAUGCGGGUAA